CUGGCUACGCAAGUCUCCGCGACUACCACACCGAUUUCUUUAGUCUUGGUUCUACUUUCAAGGAUGUAACAGGUGUACAACUUUGUGCUAGAUCUGUUUGCAGUGCUUUGGUUUAAGUGAUCGAUUGCUAAAAUGAUUGCUAGUUCGUGAAACAUGACCUCGAAGGGCCCCAAGUGCAGAGUGCUCCUACACCAAUGUCUGGCCAUCAUCGUCAGGAAGGAGGGCUGCAGGGGCGACCCCGGCGACUUCUGGAUGUACGAAAACGGAUACCUCCUCUUCCAGGGUUUACUAUCCUCGAACAGUCUUUGCUGGUGGAACACCGGUCUGAACGGAGCCACAAAGACUCUAACCUUCCACGGUUACAUCAGCCCUGGGGCUAUCCUAGUCGGCUCUGAGCCCUGUGCUAUCGAUAUAGUGAAAAACGCCUGGGCUAGACGCGUCCUCCAGCCCCCUCCAGGGUACCAAAUCGUGGCUUUGGAGGAUAUCGAGUGUGGUGGUACCCCAGUUGCCCAAACCCAAUGGACCCCCCUUCCCGAGGCCGUUUGUGCCGUCAUCCUGCGACUAUCGCGUCAAGGCCGACCUGCAGGAAUCUCCACCAUCAGAGAGGCCCUCAUCAUGGCCUUCCCCCACGUCUCACCCCCCAGUGAGCAAGCCUUAUACGACACUCUAGUGCAAUUGACCACCGAAAGAAAACUGUACCACACCUCCAACGGGUACUUCAUCGUCACCCCAGAACGAAGAAGGUCUCGGAGUGCGUCACGUGGCCGGAAGCGAGUCGAGGAUCACGACCACGAACCACUUUCCGGUAAAACCAUGCUCAUGAGUACCGAAGAAGCGCUUGUUAUGGUUCAUGGAGACAUGGCCACUAUACGAGACGGCGAUGUUACGCACCAACUCAUCCAAACCAACUUGGCGGAUGUUAUAUGUGGAGGGAACUCGAGCGACAAGAUUCUUUACCCGAGGAGUACCAAACAGAGAGCUUACUCCAGGAGUCCCGAUCGGAGAGGGUCCUUCAGGCUGUGGAGGUCCAGUCGGAGGCUCAGGAGGUCGGCCUCCACGAGGACCAUAGCCAAACACUACGUGGACAACAGCAGCAGCAGUACGGAAAAUUCGGCGCCUUCUACCCCCAGCCCCAAAAAAGAGUCGCUCUUGACGCGCCUCUUCAAGAAAACCAAACGCUCCCAGUGCCAAAUCAGCUCCUUCAGUGCCCAAUUCCCGCCAACUGAGUGGUUCAACUCCAAAGCCGUCCAUUUGCACAGCAUAGGAACCCAAACCUCGACCACAGACAAAGAGGUCGCCUCCAUCACAUCCUACUUGGAGAACUGCGAGAUCAAGCCGACGCGUUCGGCGACCCUCCCCCGGCGUCGUUGCCGCCAAUACCCCGACUUACCCUACCCCCCGUACCCCAUUUCGCGUGAAAACUCGCCCGUCACCCGGAAAAACCCCUACAUGCCUUGCACCCUCCCCCGCAACAAGCAGAAAAGUCGCGACUCCUCCCGGAAAACAAGUCGGAGUAGUUCUCGACAAACCGAGGAAAAACCCGAAAGAUGUGAUUCGAAAACUAGUCAAAAACUGGAACCCCCAGACACCAGCGGACCCUCGAGUAUAGAGUCGCAUAAAAGUAGUAGCAAAACAGAGAGUUCGUUCAACAGCGGACCCUCGAGUCUAGAGUCACACAAAACCGUCAUCAACACAAAAGAAAAAGCAAAAAAGACUAAUAAUCGCCCCUCAAUUCCUCAAAGUAACUCGUUUACGUUGCAAGUAACCACAAAUCAAGGCGGAAAGUUGAAUAAUAAGCCCAAUGCGACCACAACAACGACCAUCAACGGCGAGGGUGGCAGCAGUACGAAGAUUUUCGUCCAGAAUUCGCCGGUUAGGUCGGUUAUAACCUUCGAGAAUGGCCAGUGCGAGGACAGGAACCCCAACUUGGUCAUCAUCAACGACACCGAGCCUCGGGAACAAAUCCCCACGAAAAAUACCAACCAGUCCAAAGAAACCACUUUGAACAACUCGCGAGACCUCCUCCCCAACGGGGAGAGUCUCGAGCAGAAGAACAACAGCCGCAAACUGUCCCUCCAACUCCCCAACAACCUUAUAAAAAACGUCGCGACGCACAAAUUCGUCUCGAAUUCCAACCCCGACUCGCCCAUCAUCGGACACGAAGCGCCUAAAGGGGGCUACAACAGCACUCCGCCCAGUCCCACGAAGAGCUCCGAUGCCCUCUCCAUGUCCUCCAUCGGGAACAUUUACACCAAGAACGAAAUGGGCUCAUUGGCCAGUUUCGACUCGUGCAAGAAACUUGAGAAAAAUAUGUUGGGUUCGGAACCCAACAUCAGUUAUAAAGAUAAUCGGGACCAGCAAUUUCCCAGUCUUAAUGACCUAUCCUUCAAUUUUACCAGUUUAGCGGCACAGAAAAUCCUGAAAGGGGUGGGCCUGAACAGUGUUGACACUCUAGUGGAGCUGAAUAUGACGGCCAAUUUGGAUAAACAGAACAAUUGUGAUGUGGUUCACACAGAUUUUGGGAUGUUCUAGAUGGUCUUUUUGCCGGCUUUGAAAAAAGUCGGUUUUAAAGGAUUGUAACAUAUGUAUUUUAGCGAGCUUAAGCCUCAGUCAUGAACUGAACAUGUAUUUAAUAUUUUAUACACAAUUUUAUGUAAUUAUGCAGAAUAAACUAUAUUUACGGUAA